UUCUUCGUUCAUUCUUCUCUGCGCUCUGUAUUCAGCGGCGAAUAUGCUAUCCACACUGCAACCCCCUCGCUGCUCUCUUUCUCGCUUCCCUCUCCAUCUUCCCUCCAAACCAUUCUUCUUUCACUCCAAACAAACCCCGCUCUCAUCUUCACAUUCCAUUCCCAAUUCCACACUCACAGACCAACUUCCCACUUCCAAUUCUUCCCAAUCUCUUCACUCCCAAAUUCUCUCCAUCCGCCACUCCCUUCUUUCCCGCCAUAUUACUGCCACCCAACUCGCCGAGUCCUAUCUCAAUCGCCUUCGUGCAUUGGAGCCUCACCUCAAGUCAUUUCUCCACGUCUCUGAAACCGUUCUCUCUGAUGCCCGUGAGAUUGAUGACAAAAUUCACAGAAAUGAGGAAUUGGGUCCUUUGGCUGGGGUGCUUGUGGGCGUUAAGGACAAUAUUUGUACUUCGGGUAUGCCUUCCACUGGUGGGUCUCGGAUUCUUGAUGGGUAUCGCCCACCAUUUGAUGCUACUGCUGUGAAGAGAAUCAAGGAGUUGGGUGGGAUUGUAGUUGGGAAGACUAAUUUGGAUGAAUUUGGCAUGGGUAGUUCUACUGAAGGCUCUGCUUUCCAGGUGACUGCAAAUCCGUGGGAUUUGAAUAGGGUCCCGGGAGGAUCAUCAGGAGGGUCUGCUUCAGCUGUUUCUGCUAGGCAGUGUGUGGUGUCAUUGGGAAGUGAUACAGGUGGAAGUGUGCGGCAGCCAGCAUCCUUUUGUGGAGUCGUUGGCUUGAAACCAACGUAUGGUCGUGUCUCAAGAUUUGGACUUAUGGCCUAUGCUUCAUCGCUUGAUGUUAUUGGCUGCUUGAGUACAACAGUUGCUGAUGCUGGGAUUCUUCUACACGCAAUUUGUGGUCAUGAUACACUUGAUGCCACCAGUAGUAAACGAGAGGUUCCUGAUUUGACAUCACAAUUUUCUGCUGUUGAUUCAUUGGAAUCAAAACCCUUGAAAGGAUUGAGGAUUGGCCUCAUUCGUGAAACCCUUGAUAAUGGUGUUGAUGGUCAAGUAAAUUCUGCUAUACGUGCUGCUGCUUCACAUCUUGAAGAACUAGGAUGUUCCAUCAAUGAGGUAUCACUACCAUCAUUCUCUCUUGGGCUGCCUGCUUAUUAUAUUCUUGCAUCAUCUGAAUCAUCUUCAAACUUAGCACGAUAUGAUAGUGUCAGAUAUGGAAAUCAAGCUGUUGCUGAUGAGCUGACUGGUCUAUAUGAAAAUUCCCGAGCAACAGGAUUUGGUUCAGAGGUUAAAAUGAGAAUUUUGAUGGGGACAUAUGCUCUCUCAGCUGGUUAUUAUGAUGCUUACUACAAGCGUGCUCAGCAGGUGAGAACCAUUAUUCAGAAAAGCUUCAGAGCAGCAUUAGAUGAAAAUGACAUCUUAAUAUCACCUGCUGCUCCAACUGCCGCUUAUAAAAUUGGUGAAAAGGUGGACGAUCCAUUGGCAAUGUAUGCAGGUGACAUCAUGACUGUCAACGUUAACUUAGCUGGACUACCUGCAUUGGUUUUGCCUUGUGGAUUUGUUCAAGAUGGGUCCUCUAGUCUUCCUGUUGGCCUUCAAAUGAUUGGUGCAGCUUUUGAUGAGGGUAAACUUCUUAAAGUGGGGCACAUCUUUGAGCAAACUCUUGCGGACUGCAGAUUUGUUCCACCCCUACUAGCCGACGACAUUGUAGGUUAGCUCCAAAUCAGUUGAGUUGUGAAAGCAGGCAAAUUGGAAGUCUGGGAACGCUACAAUUAGUUACUAUUGUAUUAUUGAUUAUUAUGAGGUGAGCAUUACUUUCUGGAGGCUUUACCAUUCUUUUGUGUUCGCUCUUAUCUAUAAGAACAAAUGGAUUGUGUUCUCCAUAAUUUAUAUGACAAUAAAGAUAGUAAAAUUCUGCUUGCAAUUAGGAGCUAAA